CCAUUCCAAUUUUCUCAGAAAACAUGAACCGAUUCCUCUCUCUCUUCCUCCUCUCCUCCCUCCUCCUCUCCCUCGCCCGCGCUGACGUGGACGGCGGCGAUCCGCUGAUCCGCCAGGUCGUUGACGGCGCCGAUGAAUCCCACCACCACGAUCACGACGAGAUGCUCGGCGCCGACCACCACUUCUCGCUGUUCAAGAGCAGAUUCGGGAAGUCGUACGCGAGCCAGGAGGAGCACGACUACAGAUUCGAGGUGUUCAAGAGCAACAUGAGGAGGGCCAAGAGGCACCAGAAACUUGACCCGACGGCCCAGCACGGCGUCACUCAAUUCUCCGAUUUGACUCCGGCCGAGUUCAGGAGGAGCCAUUUGGGGCUCCGCGGGCUCAAGCUCCCGGCUGACGCCAACACGGCGCCGAUUCUGCCUACCGAGAAUUUGCCGGAGGACUUUGACUGGAGAGAGCGUGGAGCUGUUACUGAAGUCAAAAAUCAGGGUUCUUGCGGAUCGUGCUGGAGUUUCAGUACCACCGGAGCUUUGGAAGGUGCACACUUUCUUGCGACUGGGGAGCUUGUGAGCCUCAGCGAGCAGCAGCUUGUGGAUUGCGACCACGAGUGCGAUCCAGAGGAGGCAGGUUCAUGCGAUUCUGGCUGCAAUGGUGGGCUCAUGAACAGCGCCUUUGAGUACACUCUCAAAGCUGGUGGACUGAUGAAGGAAAAAGAUUAUCCAUACACAGGUACUGAUCGUGGAACCUGCAAAUUUGACAAGACCAAAAUUGCAGCCAAAGUUUCCAACUUCAGUGUUGUCUCCCUUGAUGAAGAACAAAUUGCUGCCAAUCUUGUUAAGAAUGGCCCUCUUGCUGUGGCUAUUAAUGCUGUGUUCAUGCAAACCUAUGUUGGUGGAGUGUCAUGCCCCUACAUUUGCUCAAAGAGGCUGGACCAUGGAGUUUUGUUAGUCGGUUAUGGUGCUGCUGGUUACUCACCCGUCAGAAUGAAGGAGAAGCCGUACUGGAUCAUUAAGAACUCAUGGGGUGAGAAUUGGGGAGAGAAGGGAUUCUACAAAAUCUGCCGGGGCCGUAAUAUCUGUGGUGUCGACUCCAUGGUUUCAACUGUUGCUGCAGUUGAGCUAUAGGUGUCACCCUAAGUUAUACUGUUAUUUGUGGUCAUGUUUCUGUUCUGUAUAUACAAGGAUUAUGACAUUUACUGGGCACAUCCAUAGGCGACUUCCAAAUUAUCUUCCAUGUUUAAAUAUUCAUUGGGUGUCCAAACAGCUUAAAUGUCCUUUUAGUGUGGCAUGUGUUUGUGAUGUAACUUUCCUUUCGAGCUUUCUUAUGGAGUCAUUAUAUUAAUCUACACUUUUAAUC